AUGGGGACUGCAACUCUGUUUUCCACCCUCCUGCUGCUCUCAGUACUCCUGACUCUGAUCCAGACUGAGACCCAGAGUGGCGCUGGUUCACACUCCUUGAGAUAUUUGGUAACCACGACCGCGCCUCGAACACGUCUCCGAGAUCUCCAGGUCUCCGUCGUUAGCUAUGUGGACGACACGCAAAUCCUGCGCUUCGACAGUGACGUGGUUACUAAAAUGGAGGCGCUUGUGCCAUGGGCGAAGCAGAUGGGGCACGAUUAUUGGAAGCAGAUGAAAAACGGUUUAGAGGGUUAUGCACACACGGCCCGAGAAAAUCUGCGAUUUGCAAUCCGGAUCUAUAACCAGAGCGACGACGGCUCUCAUACCUUCCAGUGUUUCAUUGGUUGCGAUGUGGGUCCAGACGGACACCUCCUCCGUGGGUACUAUAGACAUGCCUUUAAUGGCCGUGAUUACAUCAGCCUGAACGAGGACCUGAGAACUUGGACUGUGACUGACAGGACCGCUCAGAUCACCCAGCGACAGUGGGAGGCACAACAUUUAGCAGAGUUCUGGAAGACCUUCUGUGAGACCCGAUGCAUUGUAACUCUACUCUUGCACCUGGAGCUAGGGAAGGAGAUUUUGGAUCGCUCAGACCCUCCAAAGGCACAUGUAACCCAUCACCCUAGACCUGAAGGAGAUGUCACCUUGAGGUGCUGGGCUCUUGGAUUCUACCCAGCUGAGAUAACCCUGACCUGGCAGAGAGAUGGAGAGGAUCAGACCCAGGACAUGGACCUUGUGGAAACCAGGCCUGCAGGGGAUGGAAACUUCCAGAAGUGGGCAGCUGUGGUGGUACCUACCGGGGAGGAACACAGAUACACAUGCCAUGUGCAACAUGAGGGGCUGCCUGAGCCCCUCACCCUGAGAUGGGAGCCAUCUCCUUGGUCCCCAACUGGAGUGAUAGUUGGUGUGAUUCUCCUUGGAGUUGUGGUCCCUGUAGCUGUGGCUGCCAUUGUGAUGCUGAGGAAGAAAAGCACAGCAUCUCACACUGUGUCCCAGGCUGGCCUAGAACUCACUAAGUAGCUGUGAUGGCCAGUCUUCAGUGUCAGCUUGACUGGAUUUAGAGUCUCCUAGAAGAUCCAAUUCUGGUCACAUCUGUAACAGUGUUUCCAGAGAUUACUUGAGGUUUGAAGAACCAACCUGGGGCCCAAUGAUAAGAGGGAGAACAGAAGAAAGCCAGAUGAGAGGA